CAUCUGGCAUUUGCAGAUUGAUCAAACGGAGCUCCUAUACCAGAGAUAAAGUAAAUCGUUCCAACCCGGAAAAUCUCUCUUUCCAAUUAGAUAUGUCUGCCUCGUAUGCCAUUCAAUCUCUCUUGGCGAGCCCUGUUUCUCGCCUUUCUAACAGGUCCAGGGUGAACCAGCUCGGCCUUCCCGCAACAUACAUACCAACCUUGCGCAGGAAUGUUAGCCUUAGAGUUCGAUCCAUGGCUGAGGAAGAAAUGAAAGAGAAGGCAACUCAGACAACCUCUUCUCCAUCACCCAAGAAGAAGCAGGUGAGCACGAAAUUCUCGGACGUGUUAGCCUUCAGCGGACCAGCACCGGAGAGGAUCAACGGGAGAUUGGCGAUGAUAGGGUUUGUGGCGGCAAUGGCGGUGGAAGUAGCGAAAGGGCAAGACGUAUUCGCUCAGAUCGCCGACGGAGGCAUUCCGUGGUUCUUGGGGACAAGCGUCGUGCUAUCUCUCGCAUCGCUGAUUCCAUUGUUCAAAGGAGUGAGCGUGGAAUCGAAAUCUCAAUCAUUCAUGUCUUCCGAUGCAGAGCUCUGGAAUGGAAGAUUCGCGAUGCUUGGACUAAUUGCACUAGCUUUCACUGAAUAUGUCAAAGGAGGGAGCCUUGUGUGAUUUUACUUGCAUUUACUUGAAAUUAUCAUAUUAGUUAUCAAUUAAAUUUUAGGAAUAUGAAAACUUUCUGAAGCCAUGUUUGUUUGACUAUCUGCUCAACCAAAAGGAAUGGAAAAAAAAAAAAAAAAAGUUGCUGUUUGUAAA